AUUUUAUCAAUCUAUACCACCCAACUUUAAAAGCACAUUUUAAAAAAAAUACUAGUAUCUUUAAAAAUUACAGAAUAUGACUUCGAUGCAAAUUCCGUCUGCAGGAGGCCUUCUACAAAUGUUGAAAGAAGGAACUAUGUAUAUGGACGAUGCUGAUGACCACUUAAUGAAUAUUUCAACAUGUGCCAAUAUGACUAAAAGCUUUGCUUCCUCUUUUGGACCUAAUGGCAUGAAUAAGUUGAUUAUAAACCACCUAGAAAAAAUUUCUAUUACAAAUGAUGCUGCUGCUAUUAUGAAUCAAAUGGAACUACAAAAUCCAGCAGCUAAGAUUUUAAUGUAUGCAUCUCAGAUACAAGAAGAAGAAGUUGGUGAUGGUACAAAUUUUGUUUUAGUUUUUGCAGGUGCUUUGUUAGAAAAUGCUAAAGAACUAAUAAAAUCUGGUUUAGCCACUGCUGAUAUUGUAGAAGGAUAUAACAUGGCUAAAAAGAAGGCUCUGGAGAUAUUACCAGGAAUGACAUGUGAUAGUGUUAAAAAUUUUGAAGAUGAAAAAGAAAUGAUAAAAUAUCUAAAAUCAUGUAUCAUGAGCAAGCAAUAUGGUAAUGAAGAUGUCCUAGUUCCACUGAUAGUUAAAGCCUGCAUUAUGGCUAAAAGUAAAGAAAAAGAUUCAUUCAACGUUGACAACAUAAGAGUUUGCAAAAUAUUGGGCUCUGCUAUAACCCAAUCAUAUAUCCUGAGGGGCAUGUGUUUUAAAAUCAAGGUCGAGAGCGAGAUAACUAGUGUUCAAAAUGCUAAAAUCGGCCUCUAUUCUUGUGCUAUUGACCAAGGCCAGACAGAGACAAAGGGUACAGUGCUGCUAAAAAGUGCUGAUCAACUGCUCAAUUACACGAAAGGGGAAGAAAAUUUACUCGAACAAAAAUUCAGGGCUAUAGCUAGUAGCGGUUGUAAUGUUAUAGUAUCUGGAGGAGGUAAGGUUGGCGAUUUGGCUUCUCAUUUCGCCAACAAAUACAAAAUUAUGGUAAUCAGGCUCCAAUCAAAAUUCGAUUUAAGACGUGUGGCCAAAAUGACUGGAGCUGGGGUCAUUCCUACUCUGGCGGCACCAUCUUCUGAACAAUUGGGACACUGUGAUAAGGUUUACAUAGACGAGAUAGGCGAGACUAACGUUAUUAUAUUUGAUCAAGAAAAUAAAGAUGUAUCACUUGUAACCAUAAUCCUCAGAGGAUCGAGUGAUAACGUGAUGGACGAUAUUGAAAGGGUCAUAGACGACGGGGUCAACAACUAUAAAGCAUUGACUAGGGACCCAAGGGUAUUACCAGGGGCAGGAGCUACCGAAAUUCAAUUAGCACUAGAAAUAUCAGAUUAUGCUGAUACCUGUCCUGGCCUACAACAAUAUGCUAUCAAAAAGUACGGUGAAUCGUUUUUGAGUAUACCAAAAGCCUUGGCUGAAAAUGCGGGGGUUAAGGCUAUGGAAUUGAUCUCUCUAUUAAAUGCUGAACAUCAAAAAGGAAACAAAACAUUUGGAUUUGAAAUUGAGUCGAUAGGAACUCCAAUGAUUAAAGAUGCACACAAAUACGAAAUAUUAGACCCCUUGAUAGUCAAAGAAUGGGCUAUUAAAUACGCUACUCAAGCUUCUAACACGAUAUUAUCCAUUGAUAAGAUAAUAAUGUCUAAACCUGCCGGUGGACCAGCACCAAGAGAACCGAAAACUCAAGAUGGUGAUGAAGAUUAAACAUGACUUAUCAAUAUAUUCUUUUUAUUUGGAUUUAAAAAUGUACAGUUAUUGUUCAUGAUAAUGUGUUAAAUGUUUAAAUAAAUUACUUGCUUUAAA